GGCGCGCUCCUGGCGCGGUUCCUGCCGCUGCUGCUGCUGCUCCCGCUCACCUACCUGGCGCCCGGCCUGGCCGCGCUCUGGCUGCGCCUGCUGCUCAAGGCCACCGAGGCGGCCGGGCCCACGUGCAUCAAGCUGGGCCAGUGGGCCAGCACCCGGCGCGACCUCUUCUCCGAGGCCUUCUGCGCCCACUUCUCCAGGCUGCACGUCCGCGUGGCCCCGCACCCGUGGGCGCACACGGAGCGCUCCCUGCGGCAGGCGCUCGGGGACGACUGGGGACGCGUCCUCUUCUUCGAGACCCGCGAGCCGGUGGGCUCGGGCUGCGUGGCCCAAGUGUACAAGGCGUUCGCCAGCCCCGCCCUCCUGGGAGACGGCGACGCGCGGGGACCGGGUGAGGCCUCCGGAGCUGGCGCGGUGGCGGCGCUGCAAGAACUCUUUGGAGCCCUUGGGAAGCCGCGGAAGGCCCCCGGCAGCCUCGCGGACCAGGCUCUUCUAGAGCGGCUGCUGCUCCCCACGACCGACCCGGGUGGACCUCAGACCCCUGGCCGAGCACCCGGGCCACGUGGCCUCGUUCCAGUGGCGGUGAAAGUGCUGCACCCCGGCCUGCUCUCCCAGGUGCAGGUGGACCUGCUGCUGCUGAAGUUGGGUAGCCGAGCCCUGGGGCUGCUGCCGGGAGUGCAGUGGCUCAGCCUGCCAGAGAUCGUGGAGGAAUUCGAGAAGCUCAUGACCCAACAGGUUGACCUGCGUUAUGAAGCUCGGAAUCUGGAACACUUCCAGCGCAACUUCCAGGACGUGACCUCGGUGCGGUUCCCCACACCCUUGCGCCCCUUCGUCACCAGGGAUGUCUUGGUGGAAACCUACGAGGACAGCGUGCCUGUGUCCAGCUACCAGCAGGCUGGGAUCCCCGCCGAGCUGAAGCGGAGGAUCGCGCGGCUAGGCAUCAACAUGCUGCUGAAGAUGAUAUUCGUGGACAACUUCGUGCACGCGGACCUGCACCCCGGGAACAUCCUGGUGCAGGGCACCAGUGGGCUGUCCCUGGGCCACAAGGUGGAUGUCUGUGACCCGCUGGUGGCGGCUGUGGCACCGACCCUGUGCCCGCUGCGCCUGGUGCUGCUGGACGCCGGCAUCGUGGCUGAGCUGAAGGCUGCUGAUCUGAGGAACUUCCGGGCCGUGUUCCUGGCUGUGGCGCUGGGCCAGGGCCACAGGGUGGCAGAGCUCAUCCUGCGUCACGCCCGGGCCAGCGAGUGCCGGGACGUGGAGGGCUUCAAGGCGGAGAUGGCCGCGCUGGUGACCCAGGCCCGGAAGAGCAGCGUCACCCUGGAGAAGCUCCAGGUCUCCAGCCUCCUCUCCAGUGUCUUCAGGUUGCUGAUGACUCACAAGGUGAAGCUGGAGAGCAACUUCGCCUCCAUCGUGUUCGCCAUCAUGGUGCUGGAGGGGCUGGGCCGCUCGCUGGACCCCAAGCUGGACAUCCUGGAGGCGGCCAGGCCCUUCCUCCUCCCUGGGCCCAUGGCCCGCGCCUGACGGGUGUCACCCGGGACUGGAGGCCGCUGCCAGGCUGCCCGGGGCACAUGGGGGGCCCCUCUGCCUUCUGCUCCCUGGCUCAGGGUCUGCAUACUCAGGAUCACUGGAGGCGUGGAGGGAAGGGGCUGCAUGUCCAGCAGCAAGAGCUGGGACAUGGAAGUGGGCCGAGGAUACCCAUUCUGAGAAGGUGGACUGUAGAGGGGUACAAAUACACACGGUUGUUUUUGUUUU